UUGUUCGGAGCCAUCCUCGCUAAAGGUUUUGUGGUUUUGCCAAGCUUGUGCAUCGUGGUGCUCCGGCAUUGUUAACCUGUAGGAAGAGUUCGGGGUUUCGAAGGAGAAGCAAUGAUGCAGGCCACCAACAAGGCGGAUGGAAAUCCCAUUCAGAUGAUCCAGCUCAAGGUGAAGAAGCUGGACAGUGACCUCAAGGUGUGGCUGAAGAAGCAGCCCGCUGCCGUGGAGGUGGUGUUGGUCACAGCCGGGAGCGCCGUUCAAGGUGGCGCUAUCGGUGCGCUCAUGGGCACAUUCAGUUCGGAUGUUGCCUCCACCAUGCCCACUCCUCCGCCCGGACUCAACCCCGAGGCUGCUGCUUCGCUUCAGCAAGCCAAGGCUUUUGCAGGUGGACCCUUGACGCAAGCACGGAAUUUCGCUGUGAUGACCGGUGUAAAUGCAGGUAUUACCUGCGCCAUGAAGCGAGCACGUGGUGGUAAAGAAGAUCUUCAAACAAGUGCUGUGGCCGCAUUUGGUUCAGGUGCAGUGUUUUCAGCAGUGAGCGGAAUGGGCGGCCCCAACGUGCUCGGCAAUGCACUCACCACUGGGUUUUUCUUUGCCCUGGUUCAAGGGGGCUUAUUUCAGCUGGGUAAAAAGUUUGCCAAGACUCCUACUGAGGACAAAGACUAUAUGCGAUCUAAGAGCAUGCUGGAAAAGCUUAGUUUGCAAAAGUACGAAAAGAAUUUCAAGAAGGGCAUGCUCACGGACUCGACUCUUCAUCUUUUAAAUGACAGUUCGUUGAGAGACGUACAGAUUCCCCCAGGGCCCAGGCUUCUGAUUUUGGACCACUUGAAAAGUGGAUGCUGCAUUGCAGGUCAGAAGAUGUCACAAAGAGAUCCAGCUAGUGGCUAUAUGCCAUGUUGUGUGUAGAAUAGAGGGAGAAUUUGUAACCUAACGUUUUCGACACAUCGAACUAGUAACCGCACUCUGAUUUGUGAUGAUAAGAGCUUAUUUACCAGAAAUUUUUCUUAGGUUGCCGUUUAGCUUGGAGCGGGGUGAACAAGUUCAUGUUUUCCACAAGUCAUAUCAAUGUGCAAAGCUUUUUCGCCUCUCUUUUUGGUUGGGAAUUUGGGAGUAUAUUUCUUGUGACGCUCUUCAGACCAAAAGGUUGGGAACGUUCGUACACGUUGCUUUGUGAACAUGAGUGUACCAUCUGAGCCUCUGCUCAUGGCUAUUUGCGAAGGGGUUUCCAUCUUCUGAGACGUAGUCACCGUGUUCUCCCUCUCAAAUAAAGAAAUACCUUUGACGGUUAA